CUGUGCCAAACAAACAUCAUAUUUUUUCCCGCCAUUUAUCGCUCUCGUUCAAGCAAAAAUGGCUGCUGACAAACCAAACCCUAUCCAAGCUUUGAUCCAAACUGUCGAAAGAUUCUCGAGUUGUAUCCAAACCCACCUCGCCAAUUUCACCAGACAGGCCCAUCGUUCAUCACCCACCAAGAUAAACCCUCUCAUCUCUCUUUCAUCAUCCAUAGACGCCGACUCCCCUGCCACGGCAACGCAUCUUCUCAUCAAGAAGCCAUCUGCGCCGGUGACUAAAGAAGAACUUGGAAGAGCUACUUGGACUUUUCUUCACACUCUUGCUGCCCAAUAUCCUGAAAAUCCAACGAGGCAGCAAAAGAAGGAUGUAAAAGAGCUGAUGUCAAUAUUAUCCAGAAUGUACCCCUGCAAGGAAUGUGCAGAUCAUUUUAAAGAAGUUUUGAGAGCGAACCCUGUAAUGGCUGGAUCUCAUGACGAGUUUUCUCAGUGGCUCUGUCACGUACACAAUGUUGUUAACAGAAGCCUCGGAAAAUUGAUAUUCCCGUGUGAGCGAGUGGAUGCAAGGUGGGGCAAGCUAGAUUGCGAGCAGCGUGCCUGUGAUUUGCAAGGAACUACGACAAAGCAUUUUGAUCUCUGACUACAUAGACAUAUUGGAAGAGCACUAUCCACCUGAACCCUGUGUUUUUAUUUAUUUAUUUGUUUCGUGGUAUCAGGUCAAUGACUGCGGUGCAAUGAAGGGGUGGUAGAGGUCUAUCAAUUUGGAUGAUUAAUGGUGGUUGGAAAAAAAUUAAACAGCCAAAACACGAACUCUACAAAUAACUGCAUCGUUGUAGC